AUGAGAACAGCAGGCCGCCAGGCAACGGGUCGACGGCCAAAAUUUAAACCCUGGUGGGACGGUGGCUGUAAAGAAGCACAUGACACCCUCCGCGCUAUCAAGAUCGCUUCUAGGAACCCAACAGGCCUAGAAGUGCAAACAGCAAGACGAGACUUACAAAGGGCGAUCAAGAAGGCCAGAAAGAAGGGCUUCCAGGAUUUCCUCGGGGGGAUCAAAGAUAAGAGUGAUAUCUUUAAGAUAACAAGUUGGAUUAAGCCAAAGGCGCGCUUCGAACCUCCCCCCCUCCAGAUUAACAACCUGGUAUAUACAACUGACGAGGAGAGGGCCCAAGCACUCCUAACCGCAAAGCUUGCUACUCGAAGUGCAGACGAGGAUAUUGAAUUUGACCUCGAAAGCGAUACCUCUAGCCAGCAUAUCCCCUUUGAAGAUGUGCUAUCUAAAAGAGAGGUAGAGGACUCUCUGCUCCGAACGGGUAACACUACUCCCGGGACCGAUGGUAUCACAACGAAAAUGCUCCGCGCCGCAUGGCCCAGUUUAGGAGAUGCAAUAACUCUCCUAUAUAGCUCGUGCCUUCGCCUUGGAUACCACCCUGAGAUCUUCCGUACAGCGGAGGUAGUUAUGAUUCCUAAACCUAAUAAGCGCGACCUCUCUAGCCCAACUGCCUGGCGCCUAAUCUCACUGCUCCUAUGUCUAUUAAAGGGGCUUGAACGUGCUAUAGCACGUCGUCUUGCUUUCCUAGCUAUCAAGUACAAGAUUAUCCCGCCUGAGCUUACGGGUGCCUUGCCGAGACGGUCAGCUAUUGAUAUUGUGUCAGCUCUGAUCUUCGACAUCGAGAGCGAGGCCUUCAAGAAGCGACUCGUAGCUACACUAGUUACAAUGGACGCUAAGGGUGCCUUCGAUGCAGUCCUGCGUAAUAGACUAAUCAAGCGACUAUGCGACCAGGGAUGGCCGAGGUUCCUUGUUAAAUGGGUCUUUAGCUUCAUGUCUCUCCGAAAGGCAUACGCCUAUUUCGGAAUAGGCCGCUCGGGAGUUAUUAUAUUACCAUACAGCCUACCCUAA